CAGCAGCAGCGGGUGUCGCGCCGAAAGCAACCGGGGGAGCCCGGGACGCACAGCUCCCCGCAACCCCGAGCGCCCCGCGCCCUGGCCCGCCGGCAUGGCCGUGCUCCUGGCAUUGGUGCUCGCGACCUCGCUCUACCUGCAGGCGGCCGCCAACUUCGAUGGGAGGUGGCCCAGGCAAAUAGUUUCUUCGAUUGGCCUGUGUCGGUAUGGUGGCAGGGUUGACUGCUGCUGGGGAUGGGCUCGACAGUCCUGGGGACAGUGUCAACCUUUCUACGUCUUAAGGCAGAGACUAGCAAGAAUAAGGUGCCAGCUCAAAGCUGUGUGUCAGCCACAGUGCAAACACGGAGAGUGCGUCGGGCCGAACAAGUGCAAGUGUCAUCCCGGAUUCGCUGGAAAAACCUGCAACCAAGAUGAGUCCUUCUACCAAACUCCUCUUGACCAAGGCAGUGAACAGCCUCUUUUCCAACCCCGGGAUCAUCAAGCCACAAGUGUACCUUCAAGGGAUUUAAACGAGUGUGGCCUGAAGCCGAGGCCCUGUAAGCACAGAUGCAUGAACACUUUCGGCAGUUACAAGUGCUACUGUCUCAACGGAUACAUGCUUAUGCCAGACGGGUCCUGCUCAAGUGCGCUAUCAUGUUCCAUGGCGAACUGUCAGUAUGGCUGUGAUGUUGUCAAAGGACAGAUCCGAUGCCAGUGUCCUUCCCCUGGCCUGCAGCUAGCUCCUGAUGGGAGGACCUGUGUGGAUAUUGACGAAUGUGCUACCGGAAGAGUCUCCUGCCCUCGAUUUAGGCAGUGUGUCAACACGUUUGGGAGUUACAUCUGCAAGUGUCAUACUGGUUUCGACCUCAUGUACAUUGGAGGCAAAUAUCAAUGCCACGACAUCGACGAGUGCGCCCUUGGGCAGCACCAGUGCAGCAGCUCUGCUCGAUGUUACAACAUCCAUGGGUCCUACACGUGUAAAUGUAAAGAUGGAUACGAGGGUGACGGGCUGAACUGUGUGUACAUCCCCAAGGUCAUGAUUGAGCCGUCAGGUCCAGUUCACGUGCCGGAGAGAAAUGGUACAAUCUUAAAGGGUGAUGGAGGACAUGCUAAUAGGAUUCCUGAUGCGGGAAGUACGCGGUGGCCCCUGAAGACACCGCAUAUUCCUCCUGUCAUUGCCAACAGGCCCACUUAUAGGCCAACAACAAGACCUACACCAAAUCCAACUCCACAGCCUACCCCACCCCCACCCCCACCCCACCCCCUCCCAACAGAGCUCAGAACAACUCCACUACCACCAACCCCAGAAAGGCCAUCCACCAGACCGACUACUACAGCGCCUGCUACCAGUACAGCUACUCGAGUUACUACCAUUGACAAUGGGCUACAGACGGAUCCUCAGAAACCCAGAGGAGAUGUAUUCAUUCCACGGCAGCCUUCAAAUGACCUGUUUGAAAUAUUUGAAAUCGAAAGAGGAAUCAGCGCAGAUGACGAAGCAAAGGACGACCCGGGUAUUCUCAUACACAGUUGUAAUUUUGACCAUGGACUUUGUGGAUGGAUCAGAGAAAAAGACAGCGACUUGCACUGGGAGCCAAUCAGGGACCCAGCAGGUGGACAGUAUCUCACAGUGUCUGCAGCCAAAGCCCCAGGGGGAAAAGCUGCCCGCUUGGUGCUGCCUCUCGGCCACCUCAUGCAUUCAGGGGACCUGUGCCUGUCCUUCAGGCACAAGGUGGCUGGGCUGCACUCCGGCACACUGCAGGUGUUUGUGAGAAAACAUGGUGCCCACGGAGCAGCCCUGUGGGGAAGAAAUGGUGGCCAUGGCUGGAGGCAAACCCAGAUCACCUUGCGAGGGGCUGACGUCAAGAGCGUCAUCUUCAAAGGUGAAAAAAGGCGUGGCCACACAGGGGAGAUUGGAUUGGAUGAUGUGAGCUUGAAAAAAGGUCACUGCUGAGAAGAACUCUAGCAGCUCCAGAGCUCGCAGUGAACUGUGCCGUUCUUCCUCAUUUUCCAAUCCUCACCUUCUCAUCUCCCCAUUAUCAGGCCUAGGGCAAGAGUGGUUCAGGAGGAAGGCUGGUUGGUGAUGCAGGCAUUGGUGGCCUGCUUUUGUGCAAUCCCAAUGAGCACUGACCCCUCCUUAAAGUUUGGGAGCAUCUGGAGACACAUCCAGGCCUUUCUGGGGUGGUACCUUCUACCCUGCAUCUCCUUUAUGAAGGUCUUUGGCAUAUCCUUCAUUCUGUUGACAGAGUGGGCCUGAUAGCCAGUUAUGGGAGAAAUGUCCAUUCUGUGAUCUGUCCAGUGUUGUGCCCUGAGUAGCGUUGGCUUUGCUUACAGUAUGAUGCACAGUGUGCUUGUGAAACUAGUUGGUCCUUUACACUUGUUCCGGCCUGACCUCACUCUGACUUUUACUGCCAUACACUUUAUGAUAUAAGGGCGUAUAAUGUAUUAAGGUGCAUUUAUUCUUGUAAACUGUGCUUUUCUUUUAAAGAGAGUUAUGUAGGGUGGGCAUGGAAUUCCUUGUUAGUACUACUGUGUUUGUAUAAAUGUGCUAUUAAUAUAAGUACAUACGUGUUCCUAAUAUUCACAGACUCUAGUUGCAAGGUCAAAGGCAGCUUAUGAUAGCUUGAGCUAAAAAAAAUGCAUGAUGAAAUGUCAUCCAUGCCAUGACCUUAUACUGACAGAGAUGUCCGGAUGGGGUAGCGGAAUGACUUUAUUUCGAUGCCCUUGAGUUUGAUCUUUACAGAAGAAAGUAAACCAUUAAGGGAAGCAAGGACCUGCAGUUAAUGUAUAAAACCUUUAUGUUUUGAGUUAUACUUUAAACCAACAGCUUUCAGCAUUGUGACAUGGCUCCACUGGUGAGAAACUUGGCAAAGAUGUGUGGGGAGUGGAAGGGUAGGGGAGGCCCUUGGGACAGGCAUUCACAAUGAGCUGCAAGCUGCCACGGUGUCCACUAGUGUAGCUCAUGGCUUACUCGUUGCCCCAGGCUGGGAUGGGAAGCAGGGCUGUGCACCAAAGCACUGCAGUCGAUGGAAUGAGACACACGCAACAUAGGAGGGCAGGAUUGGAACUCUAAUAUCCACAAAGCCACAACUAUAGCUCUUCCCUGUCAU